AUGGGUAAUUUAUCACCUGAGGAGAUACUGAAGCGGAUCGAAGGCGAUAGCAAAGGGAAAGUCAAGGGAAAUCAAAAGAAUGGAACAAAUGGGUCCAAGCACAUAGCCACCAAUCCAUAUCUUAUUAGGUCAAAGGAUAGGACGCUGUUGAGGUCAAUUUUGUGGCCUACUGAGUCUAUGAUGGCAAGCGAUCAUAAAUCGUUGUAUUCCUAUGAGGUAAUUGUUGUGAAAUCAUUGAUCGGAUACCCACCUACUAUUAGUGUCAGUAUUAAUACUACUACUACUACUACUACUACUACAACCGCUACUACUACUACUGCUACUACUACUACUACUACUGCUACUACUACUAAUACUACUACUGCUAUUACUACUACUGCUGCUGUUAUUACUACUGCUAGUUACUACUUUUCUGCUGUUAUGCAGUUAAUAGACCACUCAUCUGUUGUAGCAAACGGUUCUAAAAGUAUUGGCGCUCGUAAAAGGGGGGACAAAAAAGAUCGCCAAACAGAUAAGGUUACAAGACGCCCUGUCAUCAUCGAUAGAGAGGUAGUUGAACUCUCAGCCAAAAUGGAAGCACUGAAUAUGGAAAAAGCGAAAGCAGUUAUUGUGGCAGAAACUACAGUUGAAUCUAAGCAUGGAUCAUCGGUGAUGGAGACAGUAACAUCAGAGAUAGAAAUUGUAACGUCAUCAUCGCAAAGUAAUAAGGUUGAAGAAACGGGAAGUGGUGUUAUGACAGCAACGAAAGGCACGAUGGAUGAAGGUGUGGAUGAUGAAGAGCAGUAUUUGAGUGCCGACGAAGGAGCCAAUUCCAACUUCUCCGAUGACAUAAAAACUGAGUUGCAGUAUCAUACGGAUGAACAAUCUGGUGCUUCUGGCUCACGCGACUUCAUAAGUGAUGGCGCCAACUAUCGUGCUGAUGACGAAGAAAUAAAUCCUUUACCAGUGGCAACCGAAGAAUCCGAAUUUAUCCAGGUCACUACCAGGAGUAAAAAGAAAGGUGCUGUUGCUCUGGUUCAGCAUCAACUAGCUAUGGUACCAGGAAUGGAUAGGAAGAAUGUAUACUUCAAUAGUACGAUGGAUCGAGGUGCUAGAACAAAUAUAAGGCGCGAUGCAGAUAGAUUGCGGCGAAGUUCGAUACAACUGCCACCGGACAGCCGUAAAAAUCAGCCGUCUUCUCGUGGGAACACUUCUCCAUCACCGGUUGAUUGUGAGAGUGGUGGUGGAAAAGGUCAAACUACCAGUACUAAUGCUAGUGUUCAGCCACAGCAGCGACGGCAACAGCAUCAUCUUAAAUUUGCUACCUCAACAUCGACGAGCAAGAAAGUAAAGUAUGGAUUACCAUGUUCACUUCAGACAAGUCGCACAACAUCUCCUGAUCGUCGUGGCAGUCAACCAAUGACUUUAAAAUAUUCUGUUUGUCCUGGAAAUAAUGGCUCUUCACUGGCUGUUGCAUCUCUUUCGAAAAGUCUGUCAGAUACGAAACGCGAAAUACCGGAGCAACAAAUAGGCACUAUUGCUGUUGCUAAUACAAAAGCUCCAGCUCAACGAUCUUGGGCAGAUAUUGCUAAGCGACGAUUGUAUGAUAAUGCUGAAACACGUUCAAAUGAAGCACCUCAUGCAUCGUUGGAUCCUCGCUCAUCGGUCAAAGACCAACAUUCCGUUAGUGGAACUUCCAUUUCUGAUCAUGUGGAAGGUGCAAAAAAGCCAGAACAUGGUGAACAGAAGCGAACAUUAAGUGUGGAAGCGAUAAACAGCGAUCCAGCAGUGAAAGAUUAUUCUUUCUUUUUUGAUCCAAACGAACCAACUGGAACUGUGUCGAAAGAAACAGAACCGAAGACUUUCAAUACUGUGCCAGAGGAAAUUGACGGAGAUUCAAAGUCUUUCAAGCCUCGAUAUUCCGGAAUAGUGUUAAAUUUGGAUGGAGGUCGACAAGUUAUUCUUCCAGAAAGUGAUAUAAUAGCGGCAAGUCCGCCAACCAUAGUUGACGUAAGGCAGCGACCUGAAGUAUUAACAGCGAAUGAUAUGUGGAGAUAUUUUACGGAAGAUGAAACUGUAGUGGUGACAUAUAGGGAAUACAAAAGACAAAAAGAGAGGUCACAGCAACAAGACUGGACAUCAAAUGAACAAGAAAAAAAAGGAGAAAUAACAAAAGAGAAUGAAGGUUGGGAAGGAGAAUCGAAAUGA